AUGCUUCAUUCAAACCAAACCUAUUCACAUUCUUCCGUGUCAACCCAUUCUUCUCCUUCAUCAUCGUCAUCUUCUUCUUCCUUGCCAUCCCGUUCUUCAUCUUCCCCUUCAAAUUUAUCAGUAGAUUCCCCUAAGGAAGAAGAUAUAAACAAUGGAGUAAAUUAUGAUUAUGUGACAUAUGAUAUUGCAGAUCAGCUUCCUACUACCGAAGAACAAUAUAUUGAAGAAUUAGAGAAGAGAUUACAACAGUCGUUGGACAGAGAUCCAAAUAAUAUGCCCGACAAUAAUAGUAUUUUAAAAAGCAUUAAUCCCAGAAAAGAAGAUGACCAAAUGCAUAGUUCGUUUUCUAACGUUAACGACAUUAAUAUCAAUCCUGUUGCAAUUCAUGGUGCAUCUUCAGGAAUAACAUUUCAAAUACCUAAACGAGUUAGUAGUCCAAAGUUACUAAGAACCAAAUCUCAACCGUCCUCAUCAAACUCUUUACGUUCAUUAGCAAAAUAUAAAGAGGAAUCAUUCUUACCGCUAUCCUCCUCGUCUUCCUCUUCAUUGAAUAAUAAGCCUUUGUCAUCUUCGUCCUCUUCACUAUUGAAAAGAAAACAAGAUAAUAUAGAGACAAAUAAUACAAUUUUAAACGAAACAGCGAACAGAAAAAACAGAAGCAAAACUAUUACUAAAAAAAUUGAUAAACAGGAUAUAGAAGAAGAGUCGAAAGACGUUAAUACUAAUAAAAUUAAGGAUGAUACUAGAAAAUAUAAUGCUUAUAAUGUUAAGCGAGUACCUAAGUUUGAAAUUAACCUUGGGGAGGACGAAGAAGAAGAAGAAGAAGAAGAAGAAGAAGAAGAAGAAGAACACAACCGACAACAACAACAACAUGGAGAAGAUGAUGAUGAUGAUGAUGACGAUGACGAUGACGAAUUUAAUAUUAUACAAGAAAAGGAGCCAGAAGAGCAUAUAAAAAUAAACGAAUUAGAUUUUGAUAAUGAAGAUGAAAUAAGUGAAAUCAGAAAUGAGGAGUUACCAGAUUUCAGAGAUUUUGAGCAAACUGAAGAAGAAGAUGAGGAAGAUGAAAAUAACGAUUUUGCAAAAGUCGAUGAAAUUGACGGCCCCAUUUCCAAUUCUCCCAAUAAUAAUUAUGAUGAUUCCACCACAAAUUUGACAGUGCAUAGAGAUAUUCCUUUAAUUCUGGAUCAAAAUAUUGGAUCUUAUAAUAACAGUAAUAAUAAAGCACACUUGAAUACAUAUAAUAAAGAUCACGACGCUAAUUCUACGCAAAUAUACAAAAAUGACUCUGAAUAUUUAGCGUGUCCAUCUAGUUACCUUGAUAAAGACUAUAACAUUCCAGUAGCUAGUGAUUUACAAAAACAAUUGGAUAAACGGGCAUCUGAGAUUAUGCAAAGUGCAGAACAUAACAAUUUUUAUGGGAAACAAUACAAUGGUAUUUAUCAACCUUUAACAAAGCCUCUACUGAAUUGGGAAUAUAAGAGCGUAUAUUCUAUAAACCAUGAAGUUUCAUCUUGGUUCCACUCUUUAGGUGAUUACAGAUUAAUUGAACAGGCAAUUUGUUCUAUUGAAGAUAUAGAUACAAUAUUAGACUCCUUAAUUGCUGACGACAUUGUAAAUUGGACCAAGAUAGCAUAUUACUCCAUGGGUGUUUAUGGUAAAUGUUCCAAAGUCAAUGAAUUAGAAAGAAGUUUGAUUGAAAACAAUUUGAAUCUAAAUAGAAAGGCAGGCUUGAAAAUUUUGAAAAUAUUUAAAGAACAUCUGAUAUUGUGCAGGGAUUCCAAGAAAAAAUUAACCAAUUACACUAAUCUACUAAAAUUGUCUUCUACCGUAGUCUAUUUAAUGAUAACUGUGGCGCUAUCAAAACGUCGGGAUUAUUCAUCUACUAAUGAUGACAGAGUGAGUGAAAUAACUGAAUUGUGCGACAUUAUAGAUGAUUUAGAUUUGUUAGUGUUUUUAUUACAGUAUAUAGAGCAUUGGAGAUGGCACAGUCGUCUGGCUAUGAGAAUUCGUGAUGUCAUUCAAAUUUUAUACAAGUUAAUUGUCUUACAAUUCGGGGAUGAAACUAUUUUCAAGAAUGCAGAAAAAUAUUGCUAUAAAAAAAAUGGUAUUCCGUUUCCAGGAUAUGAUGAUCUUGCUGAUGUAAAGACAGGAAGUGGUCCAGGAAAAACAAAAUAUCCCUCCACCAAUUUUGAACAGUCAUCUAAGUUAAAAGUUAAUCCAGUUCAGUUUGAAUCAUUUAAAGAAGACAUUACUUCCAGAUUCCCAGUCGCAGAAUUAGAUUCAUAUAUGGAAGAAAACUUUGAUAAUCCAAAUUCCUUAGCGCAGUUUUUAGAAAUUACAAGACCCAAGUCUAAAAACAUUUUAAAUAAUAAUCUACCGGCCCCACAACAGGAUUUGCAGCUAUCUGGAAAAAUUGUACAUACUCCAUAUCCAUCACCCUUGUUGGAACCUAUGUCUAUGAUGUCUAAUAAUAAUGUAUCUAACAAUACUAAUUUUGUCGGAGGCAUGAAAAAAAGUAAUGGUAAAAAAACCUUUCAAGUAAAUUUGGCCUAUCCCUUUGUUUUCCCAGUCAAUGAGCCUACGAAUUUCCAUGAAUUGCCAUACAAUGUUCAGGAGGCCAUGGAUAUAAUGACUCAUAGUGUUCAAGAAACUUUGGAAAGUGUUCAACUAUCCUAUGAAAAAACUUUAUUUAUGGAAAAAGAACGUGGUUGGUUAGAUCCAAGUCAAGACAAGAGAGUUCCUCAAAAAUUUUGCUAUGAACAAGACAUCAACACUAACCAAAACGCCAAAAUUAUGAAAAGGAUUGAAAGGUUGUAUGAAGGUGGACUACCAACCUUUAACUCUUUGAUUUACGUUGUCCUUCAAAUCAUUGAAACGAAUUUAAAUAAUAAAAAUUAUGAUAGCACCAACAGUUCCCAAAAAGCUAUUUUAAAAAGCAAAACCACUGUUUUGGCAUCUUCUUUGGGCAUAGUUUAUUUAUUAUGCAAAUGGUUCAGGUUGAGUCAUAUAUGCAAAUUUGAAUAUUUUAUCACUUUGAUUUAUGAUUCCAAGUAUGUUGAUAUAUGUGCAUCUUUAAUUGAAAAUAAUUUUGUUAUUGACCGUUAUAAUUCUAUUUUUAAUGUGGAAAAUGAUAUAAAUGAUUUUUGGACAUAUUGUUCUAAAUACUUUAAAAAAAGUGAUGGCAUUUUAGAAGCACAGGAAAGAACAAAACUUAAUGUGGGUAUUAAUACUACUAACGACGCUAGUAUAGUUAGCAACGAUAAUAAUAAAAAAACUGAUUUUGAUAGUGACGAUGAGGGAGAGGGGAUAAAUGGGUCGUACUCUGAAGAUGAUCAUGAUUUAAACAUAAUAUAUUUAAAUGUAGAAUUUUAUUCCUUGUCUUUGCUUCAGCAGUUGUUAGGUAAAAGAACGCAGAGAUUGAAGGAUUUACCCCUAACUAUUGGGACAGCUUUUAAGAAACUAUAUCAAAUUUUUAAUCUAACCUUAUAUGAUCCUGUUUUAAAGAUAAUAAAAGAAUUGACCCCUUUCAAAAAUAAAAAGUGGAAGAGCGAACACAUGGAUCUAAUUUCUGGUGUUUAUUUAUAUCAAAAAUUAGAUUUGUUAGAUAAUUGGGUAACUGGUAAGGAUAUCAAUGGUGAAAUUAAUGAUGCAUGUGGUGAAGAGAUUGCAUUACGUGCCUUGUUACAAUUUUACAAUUUUAGACAUUACAAAUCUCAAAUGGAAGUGUUUGGUUAUGCCGAAAAAAAAAAUGAUGGGAUUUUUACAAGAGAAACUGAACAAUCAUAG